AUGCCACAAGAGGAGGCAUCAACUCGUGCAAUCGCAGAACUGGAUCAAGAGAUUGAGGGAGAACGACCUCUUAAUUACAUGAUUCCCAAAAUAAUUGAAUUCUUUGAUUCCCCACAUGUAAAAAUUCGUGUAUACGCAGUAUCAUGCAUAAACCAGUUUAUUCUCAUGCGAUCGAAUUCUCUUUUCAUUCAUAUUGAUGCAUUUGUGGCGGCUCUCUUCAAAAGGGCCGGUGACGAAAAUCCAGAGGUCCGUAAAAAUGUUUGUCAAGCUCUGGUAAUGCUGCUUGAGGUACGCCCCGAUAAGCUUAUGCCUGAAAUCAAUAAUGUUGUGGAAUAUAUGCUUUAUUCCACUCAAGACCAAGACGAACAAGUUGCGCUUGAAGCAUGCGAAUUUUGGUUAGCAUUUGCAGAGCAAGAAGAACUUCGAGAGCAUUUACGCCCAUUUCUCCCGAGAAUUGUUCCCGUAUUGUUAAAAGGCAUGGUGUAUAGUGAUAUGGAUAUUUUGACUCUUGGAGGGGAUGAAGAUGAUACCGACGUUCCUGAUAGUGAAACAGAUAUUAAACCUCCAGCUGCGUUGGAUGUACUUGCUACCGUUUUCGGUAAUGUAUUACUGGAAAUUUUAUUGCCAUUCUUGAGAGAGCAACUGUUUCAUCAAGAAUGGAAGCAUCGAGAAUGUGGAAUCUUAGCUCUUGGAGCUGUAUCUGAAG